AUGGAUUUUUCCCAAACUUCUGUGUUCUGGGACAACCCUCAUGAAAUAGUCAAUAAUAGGAAAUUUGAUACAGCCAUUAGAGACAGUUUCUCCCAGCCCAUCAAAACUAGUAAAGAGCUGUUGGGUCCGGAUGAACGAUUGUUAAUGCAUGUGGUUGCUGAUCUCCCAACAUCUACUAUACUUAAAGAAGAUCCUGACCAUUAUCCAAAAUUACUACUACAAAUUCUUCUAAACCCAGAAAACAUUAAAAUUAAUAGGAAUUCUCGAGAUCAUGAGAAGGUUGUACUACAGACUGUGGCAUUAACAUAUGAAAUGCAGAUGAAUUUCUGCCAUCAAGGAAAUAUGACAUAUAUGCGUAAUGAUAUCAUACGUAAAGUUGUAGAACAACAACUACCAGUCACGUCUUUAAUAUUAGCUUUAUUAGAGGUAGGUGAUAGACUCACGCAAACGAUUACUCAAAGUAAUAAAAUGUAUUCACCAAAAUAUUCAGGUCUAUCUGAAGCAGAUAGAAUGUCUACUUUCUUCAGUUUAAAUCGUGUCUCUUAUAAUGACUUAGGACUGGAAUUUAGAUGGACUCAUAAGUAUCUUAUUAUAGGAUUGUCGGGAGAAUGGUAUAUAAUGCCAAAAUCUGUAUUAUUAAUGUAUCAAAACAAAAUUUGCGACCUUAUAUCAGUCCUUUUAAUGUGUUUAUUCAGUGAAGAAAUAACAUUGCCAAGAUAUAGUUAUGAUAUUGUGGUAGACUUUAUUAAAGAAGGUUGUAAUCUAGGUAUCCAAUACAAAAAUAAAUUCUUCAACAUAGUGAAAGUAUUAGAAGGGCUUGUUACAGGAGAGAAUCUAAUCCAGAUUGAAGAAUGGAGUAAUAAAGAUUUCCUCAAAGGAAUAGUUAAUGAUUUAUAUGACAAAACAGGUUUCGAUUACUUUGGAUCUACGUUAGAGUCAAUUCUUAAAGAAUGUUCUAUACCUCUGAGACAAGAGAUAAGUUGUCUAUCUAAGAUUUUUGGUCAUCCAAUAGUUGACAUGGAAGCAGGAGCUAAAAGUUUAUAUCAAAAGACGAACGAAGAUACUGAGAUUGAUAUGUCAUAUGUGUUAACAUGUGUAAAUCAUUGUAAAGCAGAUUAUAUUCAGAAGAGUUGUAUCAAGUACAAGAAAUGGCCCCCAGCAGAGUUGCCUUCUAUUAAUACCCCAAAAGGAUUACAAAUGGCUUUUAUACAUGGAAGGGAUCCUGAUUCAAAUUUCAUCAGAGGGCGAUAUGGAGCUACAUUGAUUGCAGAUUACGUGUUUGUUGUUAUACUCCCAAAUAUGAGAUUUUCAAAACUUGAAAAUAUAAUACCUUAUUUGAAAGAUAAGACCGUCUCUACAUUAAGAUCAACUGUAAUUAGUUCGUAUAUAAACAAACAAGGAGAAAAAUACGGACAAGUUAAAUCAUCUUGGAAAGAUACUAGAUUAUUAUUAACAUAUUUAUUGAACCCUACUAUGGUUCAUGAUCAUGUGAAUUACAUUGAUCAGUAUUGUGAGGACGAAACUCUUGAUACAUUACUAGAUUAUUUAGUAAUUAGAAUAGUUCCUAAAGAGAAAGAGUUAAAAAUUGAGUUUAGAGGGUUUGGAUGUAAAACAUUUGAAGACAGAUGUAGAUCAUUAGCACAAGAAAAGAAUGUUAUGAGAUAUUUAGAUGAGUUUAGUGAUGAACAAGCUAUGACUCUAAGUGAAACGGCUCUAAUGAGGAAAUUAGAUGCAUUCCGAAGACUACAAUUUACAUUUAAGGACUUUGAAAUGUCUUUGAUACAAAAAUGUUAG